UCGAGAGUACAGUAGAUCACUAGUUGUACGGACGUAGGACAGAAGUGUACAAAGUUCACGCAGACAAUAAUAAUCUCGCGAACGAUCAUAUACUUUAUUUUUAUCAGAGUCACCGGUCAACCAUCGUGUACUGAUUUAGCUUUAUAAAGCCAAAAUCUAUCAGAAUCACCUCCACUUCGAUUCAUUUCAUUCAUUGUGAUCAGUCGCAUUAACCGAUAGUAACUCCUGCAUAAAAUGGAAUUCCUUAGUUUUGACGCAAAGGACAAAUCCUUGAAGUUAGAAAAAGGUGAUGUUCCUGUUCCGGAACCGGACGAAGUUUUGAUCAAAGUUGCAUACGCCGGGAUCUGUGGAACUGACUUGCACAUAAUUGAAGGCAACUUCCCUUGCAAAUCAGACGGCCCCAUCACACUGGGGCACGAGUUUUCGGGCGUUGUCGAAGCGAUCGGUACCAGUGUGACAGUGUUUAUGGUCGGCCAGAACGUCGUCGUGGACCCGAACACCGGUUGCGAAAGUUGUGAUUUUUGUCACAAUGGCAAAUAUCACUUCUGUCGACGAAGUUCGCACAAAACUGUCGGUAUCUUUAAGAAUGGAGGCUGGUCUACCCACGUCGUAGUUCCAGAGUCACAGGUCUUCUUAGUUCCGGACGGGGUGACGUUAGCUCAGGCAGUCUUGGCGGAGCCCGUGUCUUGCUUGAUUCACGGACUAGACUUGAUUAACCCCAUCAACAUCGGGUCCAGAGUACUAAUCAUCGGGGCUGGCAUAAUCGGGUUCCUCUGGUCAAUCGUUCUGCACUUGCAGGGUCACCGAAAAUCCGUGACGAUAAGCGUUCGGCGCGAAAAGCGAAAAGAGCUCUUCGAGAAUCUCAAUUUGGGUUAUAAGGCGCUUACACCGGCCGAAUUGAAAGGUCGGGAAUUUGAUUUGGCAAUAGACUGCAGCGGUUCCAAUUCGGCAAUGGAGGAGGCUUUGACCCUUCUGGGCAGAGGAGGUCGCCUAUGUAUAUUUGGAGUGGCCAAUCCCAACUCACAAGUUAAAAUCAAUCCAUUCGAGGUGUAUGCAAAGGAAUUGACUAUACUAGGUGUGAAUAUCAAUCCAUUCUCUUUCCCGAAGGCGUUGACAUUGGUGGCUUCACUCGCCGAAACAUAUUUGGAUUACGAACAAUUGGGAAUCGGUGUCUUCAAAUUGUCACAAUAUCAAGAAGCUUUGGAGACAUUGAAGAAUGGCCUCAUCACUAAAGCAGUAUUUAAGUUUUAGAUUAUCGCAUGUAAUAACCGAGAGAUAAUAGGUUUACUGCAACAAUUAGUAAUAUUUGGUUGACUGAGUCAAAUAUGGCGAAACGAGGUGUUAUUUUACUUGAAAAAAAAAUAUUCUGAUUGAGAAGACAGCGAAAUGUUUUGCAGAUUUUAACAAUAAGUAACAACUUGACUCGUCAAGUAAAACGUCAUUUGUUCUUUAGUAGACUGAAAAAUGAUUAAAGCAAAUGAUUUUUUCGGCUGAAUGUGUAAUGUACAAAGCAAAAAAAAUAUCUACUCUUUAUAUACGUAACAUGUACAAACUUCUAUACGUGCAAGUAU